CAUAAUUGAGUGUGGUGUCGUCUCGCUCGGUAGCGUGCAGAGCGCGAUCGACGCAUCUCUUUCCAAAGAUGGCGUGCUAACGUACACAGCUCGCGCAAGUGGCAUUUAUGGUUGCAGAGAGAGGUUGUGUUGAUGAUAAGCUCUCGGAUCGAGUAGAAAGUGAAUGAAAUCGAAUGCGUUAGAGUGGCGAUCCGGCGACCGAUCGGCGUAGGAUUAUUUAUUUUUUAUACACGUAUAUAUGCCUUUUUCGAGUGUUCACUGUUCGGACUGAGACUGAGAGAGCGGCGAAGGAAGAAGCUAUAGAAGAAGAAGUGAGAUCGGAGACAGGAGACAGGGAGCCCCGAGACAACGCUAAAAUGACGAACAACGGCAGCACAAGCAACAACAUCGAGACCGAAUAUCUGGAGUUGAACAGGAACCUGGGAUGGCCUCUACUUUACCAGAAAAUUCGCGCGAAGAGCGUAAGCAAUAAUUACACGCAGCUGGAAUCGGUGAAGCCGCAGAACAAACCUCUGAACAGGUACCGCGAUGUGAGCCCGUACGAUCACAGUCGGAUCGUCCUCAAGAAGGGUUCGACUGACUACAUAAACGCCAACCUGAUCUGCGUGAAGAAGGCGAAACGUCGUUACAUCCUUACGCAGGGUCCGCUCUGCAAUACGGUGAACCAUUUCUGGCUGAUGGUGUGGGAGCAGGGCAGCAAGGCCGUACUGAUGCUUAACAAACUGAUCGAGAAGAAGCAGGAGAAGUGCCACCAAUACUGGCCUUCGAAAACUGGUAGCGAACAUGCAAUGGUCAUGGAGAAUGUAGGACUCACGCUGGAGUACGUCGAGUACCACGACUACUCUUACUAUCUGACUAGAACGCUUAAGCUGACUGAUACAGAGAGCGGAGAGUCCAGGCAGAUCAUCCAGUUCCAUUACACAACCUGGCCAGAUUUCGGAGUGCCAAGCUCGCCCACGGCCUUCCUCGAAUUUCUGAAGAAGGUACGUGAUGCUGGAGCGUUGGAAGAGGACGUUGGACCGGCGAUAGUCCACUGUUCAGCCGGCAUCGGAAGAUCCGGCACGUUCUGCCUCGUCGAUUCCUGUUUAGUCUUGAUUGAGUCGUACGGUCAAAAUGCAGUCGACAUCAAGGAGAUCCUUUUGGAGCUGCGCCAUUACAGGAUGGGAUUGAUACAAACGAUCGAACAAUUGCGAUUUUCGUAUCAAGCUAUUAUCGAGGGUGCUAAGAAGCUAUCCGAGCCGUGCGAAGAUAAAGAGAAUUGCAAUUCCGAUCUGAUCGUGAGUAACAAUAUCGAGGAGGUGGUGGAAGCUCACAGUUCCGAUGAGGAGGAACCACCGCCUUUGCCGCCGCCACGCAUGGACAGUUUAAACAGGAAUUGCGGACCGCCCAUCGAUAGACCUCUUCCCAACAUACCCAACAGCACGUCGCUCAGCGACUUCAGCUACCCGGAGAGCGAUAGUGAGAAGGAGAGUUGCCCGAGCGGUCCGUUGCCCACUGUUCCUGGGGAAGAUGAGGAGGACGAGGACGACGAUACCAGCAGUGUGGAUGAGGUAGAAGAUGAGACUGAACUUGAUAAGAAACAGGAGGACGAUGAAGAUGUGGAGGAGGAAGAGGACGCUGUUUGUGAUACAAUUAUUAAUAAUAGAUGUGCGUCGCCUUCGGCCGAGCUACGACAAAGGAACCGGAUAGAGCGCAAAACUAAGCUUUCGGAUCAAGUGCGGGACAUGAAGAGGCGCCAGCAAGCUAACGAACAAUGGACGCAGUUGAAGAGGUCUCUUUACAAACCAUUCGUUGUAACCGGGGCUCUCGCCUUAACAGGCGGCCUCAUCGCAUAUCUAUACUUCAAAGCUUGAUUCAUUUUAUUAUUAUUAUUAUUAUUUUAUACGUAUUUAUAUAUAGAAACAAAAGAAAGACAGUACACAAGGGGGAAGGACUGCUAUUCAAAUAACCGUUCAUUAUCUCGACUAGCUUCAGUUUAAUCACAGCUAUGACAUAGACGUAAAAACACUUGCGUUAAUCUACGAAAUUUACAAACAAUAUUAUUAUUAUUAUUUGUUCAAAUUAUGUUAUGUUUAAUGUUCGGAAGAGUCAAG